AUGGCCGACGCAUUGAAUCUCCAGAACGCCCUCAGCGUAGCGCGAAACAUCCCCGCCCUCACAGGCACCGUGACGGUCGUGGACGACGCCGGAAAGGUCGUGACCACUUCCAAAAACAUCUUCUCCGCCUUCAAGUCCGCCCGCGAAGCCUACAAAGCCCGCAAAGCCGAGAUCGCCUCCGAGCGCCACGGCGAAGCCACGCAACGCCGCCUCGAGGCCCGCCGCCCGGAGCCCCCGCGCCGCGAACACCGCUCCCACAGACAGAUCACCGCCUCCUCCACCGACGACCCCACCACCACUACCGCCGCCGGCGGCGACGACAGCCAGCGCAAAAAGGACAAGAAGCGCUCCAAGUCCCGCAAGCACCGCGGCGACGACGACGCCGGCGAGGGCUCCUCCCGCCGCGGCAGUGGAGCGAUGGUCCGCCGGGGCUCGGCAGACACGAUGCAGACGGAGACGACGCUGGUGACGCCCGGCGCGCACGCGCAGCAGAUGGCGAUGCUGCACCAUAACGCGUCGCUGCUGACGCUUGCGCCGGCGGCGAUGUUUGUUGGCGGCGACCCGCUCGCCGAGUCGCUGCACGGGCUGCUGAUGACGCUGCAGAGCACCAUCGACGAGAUGUCGUGCCUGACCGCCGGCAUCGGCGAGUUCAUCAGCGAGCUGCAAAAAGUCCCCGACACGCUCGCCGUCGUCGGGCUGACGCUCGCAGAGAUCUCCGCGCUCGUGGCCAAGAUCUCGCCGGCGGCGAUCAUGGGCAUGAAGAGCGCGUUCCCCAUCAUUUUCGGCCUGCUCAGCUCGCCGCAGUUUGCGGUUGUGGCGGGCGUGGGCAUGGCGGCGACGGUGGUGGUUCUGGGCGGGCUGCGGAUCGUGGCGAAUAUGGCGGGCGUGGGCGAGAAGGAUGAGGAGGAGGAGGAGGAGCGGGACCUGGAUCUGGAGUUUGGCGUCACGCAGCUGCCGGACGAUAUCGAGGAACCGGAGCCGCCGAGGCGGGCAGCGACGGAGCCUGUGCCUGUGAGGGCUAUCAUGCCGGCGCCGGUGCAGGCCGAGGGCCCGUUUGGCGCGCAUGGUGUGGGGGGUGCAGCGGCGGACGAGCGCGAGAUGAGGAAGCGGAUGAAGAGGCGCGAGAGCGAGAGUGCGGCGGUGAAGGUGGGCAGGGCGGAGAAGCCGCUGAAGGCGGUGUCGCCGGAGAAGGAGCGGGAGAGGGAGAGGGAGAGGGAGAGGGACCGCUCACAUAGGGACCGCCCGAGACUGGAGCGCGGGGAGAGCAGCCGCAGACAUGAGAGGUCGGAUAAAGAUAGGAGUGAGCGCCGCGAGAAACGGGAUAAGAGUGAGAGGCACGAGAGGAGCGACCGCAGCGAUCGGAGUGGUGGGAGCGGCGGACACGAGAGGAGUGAUAGACACGACCGACACGAACGCAGCGAGAGAAGUGAAAGGGGAGAGAGGAGCGAGAGGAGUGAUAGGGAUAAGAAGAAGGAGAAGAAGGAGAAAGAGCUGCCGCCACUACCGCCCGCGGCCGCACCGACGUCAAAGUUCUCCUUGAUCCGGCGAGCGACGGCGCCAGCGGCACCAAUGGAGCAGCAGCAGCAGCAGCAGAGGCCGGCGGCGCCGAAGCGGACGCCGACGGGGCUGAGUGCGUUUUCAUUGGGGUCGUCGAAGGCGUCGUCGGCGUCGGCGUCGGCGGUGGCGGCGGAGGAGAGGCCCGCGCCACCGAAGCGGACGCCGACGGGACUGGGUGCGUUUUCAUUGGGGUCGUCGAAGGCGUCGUCGUCGGCGUCGGCGUCGGCGGUGGCAGCAGAGGAGAGGGAGAAGGUCAAGCCGAAGAAGAAGAUGUUGGCGUUCUUUGAUGGGCGGUCGUAG